AUGGCCUUCUCUGGUGCUCUGACGCUGACCGAUCUCAACGACUUUAUAACACCAUCGCAAGCAUGCAUAAAACCCGUCGAGCAGCUUAACAAGCCCGAAGAGAUCUUGGAACCUGGAGCAGCAUCUACCGAAAUACGCAUCGACUCCUCUGGCUCCUACUACGAAGUAGCCAAAAACGAGCCCUCGCGACCCUCAACUGUCCCACAGAAUCCAGAAAACAAGCUCCAGCAAGCCCAGAUUAGCCUCAACGACUGCCUAGCAUGCAGCGGCUGCAUCACCUCCGCCGAAUCCGUCCUCAUCACCCUCCAAUCGCACACCGAGGUCCUCGCCUUCCUCGCAUCCAACCCCCCGCCUGCAUCCGCCGCGCACAAGGUCCCCGUGCUCUCUAUCGCGCCGCAGACCCUCGCGUCCCUCGCCGCGUCCGUCUCCUCGGGCUCUCGCGCACCCGUCGCACCGCGCCAGAUUCUGCGCCGCGUCGCCGCGUUCGCGCGGGAGGCGCUCGGGUUCGAGAGGGUGUACGAUACGACGUUUGCAAGGCAUCUUGCGCUCAGGGAGCAUGUGCAGGAGUAUUUUGAGCGCCGGGAUGGGGCUGGACAGGACGGAAGUGGGAGUGGGAGUGGGAAGCUGCCGAUGCUGGCGAGCGCGUGCCCCGGGUGGAUAUGCUACGCGGAGAAGGCGCACGCGGAGAUGCUGCCGUUUAUCGCGCGCACCAAGAGCCCGCAGCAGGUGAUGGGCACGCUCGUCAAGGCGUGGCUGGCGCCCAAGUGGGGGAAACGGCCGGACGAGGUGUACCACGUCGCGGUGAUGCCCUGCUACGACAAGAAGCUCGAGGCGUCGCGCCAGGACUUUUACAGCGAGCUGUACGCGACGCGGGACGUCGACUGCGUCAUCACUACCGGCGAGCUCGAGCUGCUCAUGCGCGAAAAGGGAUGGGACCUCUCCGUCCCCGUCGAGCACGAAGACGAGCCCCUUCCCCUAUCCUCAUCUUCAUCAUCGCCAUCGCUGGGCACACCAGACGACGACGCAGCCCUCCCCGAACUGCUCACGCACCCCGGCACGAGCUCCGGCUCCUACCUGCACGCGCUCAUCGACGCCGUCACACGCGCCGUGGCACCCGAACCCGUCGCGCUGAGCGUGAAGACGGUGCGCACGGCGGACUACGCCGAGUACGCGCUCGCGCGGCGCGACACGGGCACGGUCGUGUUCCGCGGCGCGACGUGCUACGGGUUCCGCAAUCUGCAGAACGUCGUGCGCAGGGUCGGCCGCGAGGCGGGCGUGCGCGUCGGGCGGGGCGCUGCGGGGCGUAUGGCUGGUGCGCGCGUGCGCAGGAGGGGCGGGGCCGCUGCUGCUACGACAGGCAGUGGUGGUGGUGAAGAGGAUAGGGGUCUGGACUAUGUCGAGGUGAUGGCGUGCCCCGGCGGAUGCGUGAACGGGGGCGGACAGCUGCGGCCUAUUGCGGAGGCUGCGCAGGACGCAAAGGACCCGGAGGGGUUCGCGAGGAGCUGGGCGGACAGCGGGGUGCAUCUGCCCGAGACGAACGCUGCGCCCGCGGGGGAGGAGGGUGCGGCGAGCGGGGAUGUGGCUCUGGCUCCGCAGCAGCCGGCGUCGUGGGGGAGCAAAGAGUGGACAAAGGUCGUGGAGAGGUCGUAUUGGCAGGAUCUGCCAGCGUGGGCGCAGGCGGAGGACAGGCUGGCGGAGGCGGACGCGCUCGCGGCGAGGAUCACGUCGGAGAUCUACGCAUCGCAGCUCGUGCAGGCUUCAUCUGCCGAUGCGCCCGAGGGCAUCCAGCCGGCGCCGUUCAGGACGCAGUAUCACGCGGUCGAGAGCGACGUCGUCGGUCUCGCCGUCAAGUGGUAGGUUUUAGGACCAGAGGUCGAGCAAACCAAAAUGGAAGAUGUAUUAUGAUUACGAAGAUGUUUUCGAUAAGAAUAGUGUGCGGCGUGAACAGUAAAAAUACAGGGAGACAUGGGACAGCUUACGAUAUACUACGGGAGACAAGGUGCGAGGAUUAGAUAUGUGGAUGGUCUAGAGUAGAGCCGAGUCAAUCGUGCUGGCG